AUGGGACCCUCACAAACAGAACAGAUCCCCCAAAUUCGUCACAAGUUUGCCUGUUCUCUUUGCGCGCGACGUAAAGUAAAAUGUGACAAGCUGGAUCCGUGUUCCAACUGCAUCAAAGUAGAGGCGCAGUGCCUCUACGAGGUUCAUCCACCCCCAAGGCCUCGGAAACGGGCCGCGGAUGAUGAACUCGUCGCCCGGCUGGCAGCCUAUGAAACCUUGAUGCGGAAGCAUGGCAUCGAUUUCUCACAUUGCGCAACCACCUGGGUUCCAUCAGGCCAGGAAGCCGAUUCAGGGGAAACUGAGCCAUCGCCGGACACGGACCUCUCAUUGCCCUCGAACAGUGUGCACGAUGCACUGAGAUCUACAGAUGGGGCUUCCUCAAUGGUUCUUGAGAAUACACCCAACUUAAACCUGCACGAUAUGCAUCCGGAGCCGAAACAUAUUUACCGAUUCUGGCAGAUCUUUGUUGAGCGCGUCAACCCGCUUACCAAAAUCAUCCAUGUCCCGACCCUCCAGCAACGCGUCUUGGACGCCAGUUGGGACCUUACAAGCAUAUCAAAACCCCUCACUGCUAUGCUUUUUGCCAUAUACACCUUGGCUGUCACUUCCAUAUCAGACGAAGAAUGCGAGGCCUCUUUCCAAGAAAAAAGACUCAACUUAUUGAUGCGAUAUCGCACUGCUUCGAUUCGCGCCCUCGUAGCUGCAGAGUUCCUCACCACGAGAGACCUUGAAGUCCUCCAGGCAUUUGUACUAUUUCUCUUCUCCGACCCAGAGUCAGAGCUCACCUCGACCUUGACGGGUGCUGCCCUGAGGAUCGGUCAAAAGAUAGGCCUGCACCGCCCCAACAAUCCAAAAGUCUCAUUUUUCGAAAAUGAAAUGCGCAUUCGGCUUUGGUGGAAUCUUUCCGGUCUCGACGCUCGCAGUCGUGGAGUCCACGUCCGAGGGAUGGCGCCGCCUCCGCAUCGUGAGUUCGGUGAUGUGCGCCUCCCGCUCAAUGUGAAUGAUGCAGAUCUACAUCCAGACAUGACGGAGGCACCCGCACAACACGACAAUCCGACGGAGAUGAUUUGUGCUCUUGUCAAGUUCCAAGUCUUUGAAUGGGGCCGAACUGGAUCGAAUGGGUCAAGAGUUUUUGAGAGUAUGACCCACCCGAGCCCCGCGAAGAAGGGGAGAAUAUCCGUGGAACUCAAGGAAGCAGCUGUCAACGAGCUUGAACAAGCCUAUCGGAGGAUUCUGCAGAGAUCGGAUAAGCGUAUUCCACUCCACCACCUGGCACAAAUAUGGGGGACAAUUAUUCCAGCUCGUUUACGUUUUAAGAUCUACCAUCCUCGGUUACGAUCGGCAGCGGAAGAUGGGACAAUAUAUGUUACGCGGAAAGAGAGCGACGAGACUUUUGAGGCCGUCCUGCUCGCUUUGGAAAUGAGCGAAUUGAGCUUGGAAUCAGUUUUUGCGCCGUAUCUCGUCACCCACUUGACAUUUUGGUUUAAAAUGGAAGCAUACGUAUAUGUCAUAAGCGAGCUGCGGCAACGGUGCUCCGGGCCUCGAAUAGACUUGGCUUGGAGAAUCAUAGAAAAACUAUUCGACAAUCUUCCUGCAGUGAUUUCAGAGGAAGAUGAGACCUUCUUCAAUGGGUUGAUUAAUUUAACGCUGGACGCUUGGGAGGCGCGACGAAAGGCAUUACUCACGAUGUCGAGUUCUCUUGAAGCUGAUAUUACUCCCCCUUUUAUCAGAUCGCUUUAUGACAAGAGGAGGGAGAGGAAUGAUGAUGGGAUGUCGAUGGCGGCUGUUCUAGACUCGCAUAAUCUCGAUGGACUGGGAUUCAUGGAAGGGGACGCUGUAGAUUGGCAGACUUGGGGUGAUGUUUUCAGAUUUUAA